GCAUUGGCAGGGGGGGGUUCGUCUACGACAUCUACGCCAUGUUCCUGUGCCACUGGCACAAGUACCGGGUGAAGGGCCACGAGGGCGUGGGGCCUCGCUCGCUGCGCACCGUCGCCCGCGCCUACCUGCGCAAGGAGUUCCUCAUGGUGCUGCACCACCUCUGCAUGGUGCUGGUCUGCUUCCCCAUCUCCGUGCUAUGGCGCCAGGGGAAGGGCGAUUUUUUCCUGGGCUGCAUGCUCAUGGCCGAGCUGAGCACCCCCUUCGUCUGCCUGGGCAAGGUGCUAAUCCUGGUGAGUGUGUGGGGGGCAUGCCCGGACCCCGGGUUCUGUGCCCAGCCGGGGGGUGGGUGCCUGGGUUUAGUGCCCAGCCCGUG